CAGACUUUGAUAAGUUUUUUUAAUCUGGACGAGCAAUAGAAAUGUCAUGUAUGAAUGAUACGGAUAUAGGAAAAGAUGUGACGGCAUUGGUGGUGUUAACCGGAAUCCAGAUGUUUUUCUGUGUGACAAUAAUAGCUUCCAUUGCAGCGCUAGCUUUGUAUAUACGUCAACAGAUACUGUUGCUGCAGAGUUUGAUGAGAGCAAUUUUACUUCCCAUGACGAAUGAAGAGUUCACUGAAAAAGACAAUUGCCAAAAAAGUGAUGAAAAUGACACUAUAAAAGACACUGAUCCGAUCAAUCACGUGACUGCAGCGGAAGCGAGCUCACUUCCUAUUACAAAUCCAGUCAAGCUAAUCGGUGAUAUCGUCCAGCCGGACGGAACAAGGAAAGAGUGCAAAUCAGACAGCGAGUUGUCAAUCAAAAACAGGUUGAUUCUAUUGUCAAAACUACAAGCGGAUUUAAAAGACAAAGUGGUGUACGAAAGAUGUCGUCUUCCUUUUGAAAAUAUUAAUGACCUUGGAAAUGUCAGUCAGAUGCUGGAGGAAAUAUGA